ACAAAAAUGAAUAAAAAAUAUAAAAUAAAAAAAAAUAUUGUAAACAAUACUGUGUCUUCUCUUUCUUUCACUGCUACCAUCUAGAACUAGAAGUAAGUAAUGGCUGAAGCUUUCACAAGUUCCACCUUCACUAACCUUCACAUCCCUUCUUCCUCCAAUCACUCGCCUAAGCAGAUUGCCGCACCAAGUCAUGGAUAUUGGCUAUCUAGGAAAUUGAUGAAUGAGAAGAGGGAAAAGAAUCUGAUGAGAGGAAGCUUAUGUGUAAGAAAGGCAUUGCCACAUGAUUUGCCAUUAAUGGCUGUGAUGGUUCAACAAAUUGAAGGCAUGCGUGAUAUCAUUACUGAGAAACACGUGUGGCAUCUUAGUGAUAAAGCCAUCAAGAAUGUUUAUAUGUUUUACAUCAUGUUCACUUGUUGGGGAUGUUUGUACUUCGGUUCCGCAAAAGAUCCAUUCUAUGACUCGGAGGAGUACCGUGGAGAUGGAGGUGAUGGAACUGGUUAUUGGGUCUACGAAACUCAAGAAGACAUAGAAGAGAAAGCAAGAGCAGAGCUAUGGCGUGAAGAACUUAUCGAAGAAAUUGAACAGAAGGUUGGUGGCUUAAGAGAGCUCGAAGAAGCUGUUACAAAGUAGAAAAAAAACUAACUUGUAAAUCAUAUAUACCAAUUCACAUACACAUAUAUUUCUUCUUAUAACGGUCAUAAGAAGUAAGAACAUUAUCAUAUAAUACAAUCUCUUCCAUAUAUACAAUAGUAUAAGUUAUCUGUUUC